AUGGAGACCGCCAAGCAAGCUUUCAACUACGUCUCUGAGUCCGUCCAGGGCGCUGUCUCUGGUGCUAGCAAGGAGACCAACAAGGAGAUUGCCAAGAACGACAAUGUCAGCGUUGGCUCUCGCCUGACCGCCGCCAAGGAUGCUGUCGGUGACAAGUUCGACGAGUCCGCACACAAUGGCAAGGCCGAGGCUCACAAGGAGCUGGCUCAGAACUAG